AUGAUAGCUCUUAGCCCGAACCGUUUUCUCUUUGAUUCAACUCUCUGGGACUCAAAUUCCGUCACUCUGCAUUCUCGUUUCGCCAGAUUUUCAGUGCUAAUGAUGCGCAACGGAUCAGCAGGACAAGAUGUAGGCUUCGCGGGGGAGGCUGGACUUUUAAUGAAUGGAUGCUACCUUGAGCCUGCGAGCUCUCGUCGCACGGGGGACCGAAUCGUGAAUGAGUAUGAGCAGCCUGUUGCCUUCAACGGGUGGUUCUUGAGGAACGGAUAUGACUCACCAGUCACCGACAUGUCUUUGGUGAUUCUCGAAAUAUCGGAAGAUGGCGAGAAGUGGAAGAAUUUAGCAGUGAGCAAACCAUAUUGCUCUUUGAUCAGAGACUCCUUGGAGUUGAAUUACGAAGGGAUAGAGAUGCCGACUACGCGAGGUGGCGAGGUUGUCUUUGAUUUUACAUCAUCAUGGUGUAUGACACCAACCAUCUUGGUUUCUGUUGCGCGGCUGAUUGAAGUGUUUUCUCUAAUGCUGGGCUUCCUUUUUGUAUGGCAUGGCAGUGAUGAUUUAAUGCUGAUUUUGUGCACUGGAUUCACCAUUGCAUCCCUGUUGUUGAUCGGAUCGGCCAUCCUCUUUCGAAUCGGCGGCGAGUGCUAUGGCGUGCCCUUGACAGAAGGCUUGACGACCCUCCUUCUUUUCCCGACUCCACUGAUUUUUUCAGAUAUUUUUGGUUUUGAGUUUGGACUUAUCUGGGCAGCGGUUAACCUGAUCGACAAAGUGUCGAACGGCAAUUCUCAGAUUCUUUCUGAAUGUUUUGUCGCUGCCGUGAUGAUCUCGGUGAUUAUGACCCAAAUCUACGUUUCGCGAAAAGCUCGUUUCGACGUGAGACAGGAUGAGCAACAGUUUGAUAAAGCAUGGGACAGAAUUUCGCGUAAUGAACAUGCUCAUAUAUACUUGCAGAGCAUUCAAAAAACCUUGUUGACAGUGCAACGAGAGUCCUAUGAAAUCUCACAGCGAUUUCAAGCUGCAAUGCAAAGUAUAACUUCUACAAAACAGAUUGAUCUCGGAAAAGGGGCAGUCGUUGUCGAGCGAAAUUCGCCAGCUUCGCUCAAGAUGAAGAACAAACUGUUUCGUUCUACCUUCAUCGACAGAGCCAAAGCUGAAUAUCAGGCAUAUUGCAUCUCGAAUUUGGAUCAGCUCUACGCGCAAGCCAUUCUUGUCUAUCCCCUCUUCCUCCGCAAGGUGCAGCACAUUGCUCACAUCGCCGGCGGCUACUUUGCUGGGCGAGGAGAGGAUGGAGCUGCCUCGUACAUCUCAUGGCGAGAGGCGGCAGGGAAGCCGGAGGAGGAGGCGAAGAUCAAGUGGGCAGGGCUGAAGGGGUCGACAAGGGCGGUGGAGAAGAUCGUGAGGUCGUACGGCGGGGACGUGAGCAAGCUGGUGGAUGUGGUACGCGAGGCGAUCGUGUUCGACAGCCUGCAGGACCUCAGCGUGGCAGUGCAGGCGAUCACGAGGGACAGCGAGAUCCGGGUGAUGCGCAUCAAGAACCGCUUCGACGAGGCGUACGACGCGAGGGGGUCGGCGGGGUAUCGGGACGUGGCGAUCAAUCUGUGCGUGGUAGGGGAGGAGAGCGGGAGGGUGGGGGUGUCGCGCCAUGUCUGCGAGCUUCAAUGCAAGUUGAGAGAGUUAUCCAUCAUCGAAAGUUCUGAUCAGCAUUCACGAUACUUGCACUAUAAGAGUUGUUAUUGUGACUUUCUUCGAUCUCUCACUGCUGCGUUUCAGAGAAAGGUUGACAUGUUUUUGAAGUCUAAGAAGCCGAUUCGCGUCAAGGAUAUUGCUAUUUCAACGCGACGAGUGUCUGAUUAUGCUUCAGACUUAGCAGAUAAAGCACAAAAUUCUUUCGACGACUUUAUCAAGUCAUGCGAUGGCUUCUCACGGCUCUUUCAGUUUUCGAUGCUAAAGAUUUCUUUGCCAUGUAAUAUUCUUGAUCGGGCUCUUGAGAACGGCUCGAACGGUUUUCGCAAUGCAAGCUGGACCAGCGUUUUGUUUUCUGCAACACCUGUAAGGGCUCUGCUAUGGAAGUUUCAAACAAUUUUCUUGUUUUCUCUCAUCGUAUUUGGGCUCCUCGGUCUCUUUGUUCUGCACCGCCAUGACAACGAGAGCAUGAAUCUUUUCUCAGCUCGAGCGGUCCUCUUCAGAACUGUAAAGACUCGCAAUGGGACUGAUGCAGCUUUGCUCACUAAGCCCUCGGUCUCUGACCUUGUUCUGUACAGAUCUGGCUGUCGUGUCAACCAAACUUCAACCAAACUUUGGCUUAAUGGAGCUGACGCUGUUUUGUAUUCGAAAGAAGUGCUGGGGUUCAAUGCCGUUCGCUUCAGGAAUAAUGAAGAGCAGGGCACCGAAUGGGCUGACGCGGUAAUUUUUCAAAUAUACCGCAUGGAGGAGGAUUUCGAUCCCAGGCAGCCAUCAGUAGCCAAGAAGGAUUGGACGUUGAUUGCCACAUCUUCGAGCCAGUUUCUCCAUCUUCAGUGCGGAGAGGAUGCUGUGAAGGGAUCGAAAAACUUUUUGACGAGCCUUCAACGAGGAUCGUUUUCCGAAGUCGAUCUCCGAGCGACUUGGAACUUUAACUUGUUACAAUAUGGUUGUUACAUCCCCAUGAUAUUCGCGUUUCUUAUCACAGCUCUUUCACGAAUUUGCAAUUUGAUACGACUUUCUCAAGCUUUCUUUUGUUGUUCCAUUGCGGGUCCUGGCGUUUCUGUUCUCGUGGUUAUGCUGGGUCAGUGGGUGGAAGGAAGAGAUUUGUUUUAUGCGAAUUUCGACACAAUCAUUCAGGGAAUCUUGUGGAUCAUGCUGGGUUGUCUUGCUUGGUUCAGGCAAAAAUGGUUCCUCUCAUUCAUCCCGGUCUUGUGGGGUACAGUCUUUGCGCUGUCAGGAGUCCACUCUGUUGUGAUAUGCGGACGACUGUCGUUUUACCUUCAACCAGACCCCUUCGCCUUCUUGUGCAUCUACGCCUUGAUCACACUCGCCAGAUACGUGAGCAAAUUCAUUUCAUUCAAGAAGAUUGAAAAAGACCUCAAGGCAUACGAAACAGAAUGGAAAUCUAUAGUACAGACUGAUAUCUCCGAUCAACAAGAAAUGCUGAAACGUGUGCAAGAGAAUGUUAGAGAAACGAUCGUUCGCCAACUUUUCGAUGAAAUUCACCAGACUGAAAGCGACCAGAACUUCGUUUCAUCCAACCCACAAGUAAGCUUGACAAUUCUGCCAACUCCGAACAUCCAGCCAAGCCCAGUGAAAUCCCUGGAUCAGCUCUACGCGCAAGCCAUUCUUGUCUAUCCCCUCUUCCUCCGCAAGGUGCAGCACAUUGCUCACAUCGCCGGCGGCUACUUUGCUGGGCGAGGAGAGGAUGGAGCUGCCUCGUACAUCUCAUGGCGAGAGGCGGCAGGGAAGCCGGAGGAGGAGGCGAAGAUCAAGUGGGCAGGGCUGAAGGGGUCGACAAGGGCGGUGGAGAAGAUCGUGAGGUCGUACGGCGGGGACGUGAGCAAGCUGGUGGAUGUGGUACGCGAGGCGAUCGUGUUCGACAGCCUGCAGGACCUCAGCGUGGCAGUGCAGGCGAUCACGAGGGACAGCGAGAUCCGGGUGAUGCGCAUCAAGAACCGCUUCGACGAGGCGUACGACGCGAGGGGGUCGGCUGGGUAUCGGGACGUGGCGAUCAAUCUGUGCGUGGUAGGGGAGGAGAGCGGGAGGGUGGGGGUGUCGCGCCAUGUCUGCGAGCUGCAGCUUGUCUUGCGCUCUUUCAUGAAACUACGAAAUGCGUCAGGGCACAAACGAUAUGUGAGCUUUCGUGACCUGCGAGGAGAAUAG